AUGCCUCGUCUCCAACUCCAAGAGAUUGACCCGGCCACGGACUUUCCGGCACUGGCCAGAUGCAUGUUUGAUUCCUACGAGGACCCGCUGCAGUCCUUUUUCUACGCCUAUUUCCCCAUUCACGGCGCCACGGACGCGGCGCGCGAAAAAGCCAUCGCCGAGUGCGCCACCCGUCUGCACUCGUGGCACGCGGAGGAUCCGACGAGCUACUGGCAAAAGAUUGUCGACGCCGACAACGGCCGCAUCGCCGGCGGCGCGCUCUGGAAUAUCCACGAGGAGAAUCCCUUUGCCCACGAGCAUCAUGCCGAAGUCAGCUGGUUUCCUGAUGAUGGGUCGCGACGCUUUGCCGAGCAGGUUUCCGAGAUUCACUCGGCACCGAGAGCUCGUGUAGGCCAGCGGCCGCAAGUCUAUCUAUUUAUCCUUUUUACGCACCCCGCCUACCGUCGCCAAGGAGUCGGUCAGCAAUUCAUGGACUGGGGAAUGGCCAAGGCUGAUCAGAUGGGACUCGAGUUCUUCCUAGACGCAACUCCUACAGGCAAACCCCUCUACGAUGCCAAUGGAUUUGUAGAAGUUGGAAAGAAUGUCAUUGCACCAAGCACCGAUAGCCCAGAUGAUGCUUGGAAGGCGGCGGAAAAGAAGAUUGGCCACUCGACCUGGUACCUCAUGUGGAGACCGCCAGGCGGCAACUACGAAGAAGGAAAGACUGCCAAACCCUGGGAGAAGAACUAA